GGAUCCACUGCGCAGCUAGCAUCCUGAUGCAGCACAGGUGAGAGGCUGCUGAGACAGGUGAGUCUGCUGGACAGGUGAGGCUGCUGCAUCCCUGGAGGAGUCGCACCUGAGCUGCUGGCAAAGGCGGCAGGUCCCUUCCAACCCCUGCUUGGGUACCAUUGGAAGAAGAAGCAGCAACAACCACAACAGGAGCCAAGAGAAGGACCAAGGCAGGCUGGAGGGCUCUCAGGGCACCGCCAUGAAGAUGCUGAGCUCCCCCUGGGCUCGCUUCUACUCCAACAGCUGCUGCUUGUGCUGCCAUGUCCGCACUGGCACCAUCAUCCUUGGCAUCUGGUACCUGAUCAUCAAUGCAGUGGUACUACUGAUUAUACUGAGCGCCUUGACAGACCCUGGCCAAUACCAUUUAACAUCUGCUGAAUUAGGAGGUGACUUUGAAUUUAUGGAUGAUGCCAAUAUGUGCAUUGCCACAGCAAUUUCUCUUCUCAUGAUUCUGAUCUGUGCAAUGGCCACGUAUGGGGCAUAUAAGCAACACGCAGCAUGGAUCAUCCCUUUCUUCUGUUACCAAAUCUUUGACUUUGCACUCAACACGCUAGUUGCUAUUAGCAUCCUUGUUUACCCAAGCACCAUUCAGGAUUACCUGCGGCAACUGCCAGCUAACUUUCCCUACAAGGAAGAUAUUAUGUCAGUCAACUCCACCUGCUUAGUUGUGAUUAUUCUUCUUUUUACAAGUAUCACAUUGGCUUUCAAGGCUUAUCUGAUCAGCUGCGUUUGGAACUGUUACCGAUACAUUAAUACCAGAAACAACUCUGAUGUCCUGGUCUACAUUACUACUAAUGACACAGCGGUGCUGCUGCCACCAUAUGAUGAUCCUGCAAACGGUGCUGCUAAGGAACCCCCACCACCGUAUGUUUCUGCAUAAACAGCAUGUGUGAAAAUCUACCUACAGAAUUAAUAGCUUUACUCUCCAGAACAUCUGAGCAAUAGAUUGUUUCAUUUUUAAAAGAUGGAUGUACACUCUCCCAGAUUUAGUUAUUCCUGUUUUGCUGUAGAUAUUGAAACAAAAUGUUGUUUGCCUAAAGCAGCACUGAACUGGCUUCCAAGAACCAUCUUGAUUUAGCAGACGUUACAGGAGCCACAUUAUAGGGUUGUGGUUUUAUGUCUUCUCCUGCAAGUCUAGAAAAGCUGUAGUUUCUACUCCAAACAACUAUAAAAUGGAGAAGGUUUGGAUUUGUUCAGAGUUUCUGAGCAAUAGGAAUCAGCUUCUGAAAUAAUUUUCAUACAAUAAGUUGUAAGACUGGAUUGUUUCUAGUCUUUUACAAAUGGAAGGGAUAUUUUUGCUCAAGGGAUUGACUGAAAUCCAGUAGAGUCUCCUUGCUAUAGUAAAUAAACAAUGUUUCCCAUUUUUUUCUACCUUCUGAAGGCCCUGGUUCCACCUUUUCCAUAGAUUUCCCCAGCGCUUCACAACAGCUUUCUAGGGAAGAGGGAUGAAUCAGUGAAAAUAACCUCCUUUUUCCUUCCAUGGGUAGAGCUCUGAUGCCCACAUAAAAUCUGGGUCUUCCCCCCCCCCAGUUCCUCCCCUCUCAUUUUUUAAAAGGUAAGACCAAAGAUGUGUUAUCUGUGUUAUCAAAUACCACUGGUGAUUAAACAAUAAUUAACAGGUGCAACAUCAGCAUUCUUGAACUAGUGUAUUCAUUACAGAAUAUGAGGAAUAAUUCUAAGCACAGUUCUCAGGUGAGAUAAUGAAAACAUCAGUCUUCAGAUCUAAUGGCUAACUAUGCUCAGAUUUGAAGAAAUGAAUGUUCAUCCUUGCUACAGUGAAACUGUGUUAAAAUAUUUUUAAAAAAUUAAAAAUAUGUUUCCUUUAAAAAGAUCUGGCUUAGUUAUUAAAACAAAAAGACAAAUUC